AUUAUGCAAUAGGAUUUAGAGUUCGGAUACGACUGUAUGACGUAGUAGUGGGUAGAUGCUUUUUGUCCUCCUCAACCGGGCUAGUCAUCAUCAUUGCCUGCUGUGGCCAUCCCGAUGUUUCUCACCGCAGCAGUGGGAUCAAGGAGUGGUCUUUUGUAAGUAAACAACAUGGCUGUGAUGCAGCAUCACCGCUCACAGAGGCUCGCUUUUGCCACCCCACCGCUGCUGCUACUUGUUCUAUGCGUUGUGCAGCCUAUCCACACUCGGAUGUCGGCCAUAUCAGACUUAAAAUCCAAAAUAUCAGGAGUGGAGGAGCUACUGGAGGAGUUCCGCAAGCAGCUUCAACAGGACCAGACGUACCGGCCGAGCGAGGUGGCAGACUCCUGCGUGAGCGAUUUCAGUUCGGCUCGGGAGAGCAUCAUCCGGGCCAAGGCCUCCAUCGAACAGGGGGCCACCUUCCUAAUGGCUCCGGAUCGAGUGUACACCUGGAGGGACUGCGUGCACGCCUGCUGCGCUCAGCCUCACUGCACCGUGGCGGUUGUCCAGGAGGAGCCGAGGCAGGCCGGGGACAGCCUCAACUGCUACCUGUUCAACUGCACCUACCGGAAGCAAAAUGUCUGCUCCUUCGCACUGCAGAAGGGCUUCGCCUCGCACAGCCGACAAGUGAACGCCACGCUGGGACGCGUUCUGUCGGACUCCGCCGGAGGCACAACAGAGAACGAACGUAGGCCGGGGGAAGCGGAUGAGACACAAGAGGUUGACGAGCGUCCUCGCUGCGACGCAGGACAGGAUGUGAUGAUCCAGCUGCCCACCGACUGGGCAGUUUUAGAUGGCCGCGACAGUGUGGACGACCAUGGGAUUAGUCACUAUGACUGGACUCUCGUCAAGGGAGACACAGCCAUCACUAUGAAGGCAACUCAUCCAGGGCUACUGAAGAUCAGUGGUCUGCAGGAAGGUGUCUACACUUUCCAGAUGACUGUUACCGACACAUCAGGCCAGAAGACAUCCGACAAUGUGUCUGUUACAGUGUUGGCACCAAAACACCAAGCAGAAGUGUGUACUGGACACUGCUCAAACUACCAGUUCAAAUGUGAUGAUGGCUGCUGUAUUGACAUCACGUUUGCCUGUGAUGGGAAGCAGCAUUGUCCUGAUCGAUCGGAUGAAGAUUUCUGUCCAAACUUCGACACAAGAAGGAAGUCAGUGACCCAUGCUGAGGGUCUGCCCAUUCCUCAGCUUCCAGUGACACACACUGCAGAGUCUGUAGACAGUUCUGUACUACGGGCUGAAGCCAGAAAGACAGAUGAGAGCAGCAGACUUUCUCAGCAGGGGAGCAAAGUCACACCUCCACCGAAUAGACAGCAAGAUUCAAACAAUCAAGACCCAUGUAUCACUGCUCCAGUUGUUGGACCUUGUAAGGGCACUUUUCCACGCUGGUACUAUGACCAUGAAGCGGGAGAAUGCAAAAGCUUCCUAUACGGUGGUUGCCAGGGCAACCAUAACAAUUUCCUCCAAGAAUUGGAUUGCGUCAGUGAAUGUAUACAGAAAAGUCCGGGUUUUAAGCCAGCUACUGUGUCUCCUCCUGUCACCAAGCAGAACGAAAAAGCUGCUUCUAGAGUCUCUGAGAACCAAGAGAGUGACAUUGCAGUCUCCAAACAAUUUAUCGUGAAAGGAGGACAUCCAAUUCCUGAGUCAGGUGCGAUUCUUCCACUUGCACUGGGCCUGAUCAUAACCGCCCUGCUGCUGCUCAUGAUUGCCUGUCGCCUAAGGCUCGUUCGCCACAAGCUGAAGAAAGCGCGGCCCCUUACCACAGAGGAGUCAGACUACCUCAUCAAUGGCAUGUACCUGUAGCCACAUACAUGUUGAGAGUUCAGAUCUGGGAAAUAUAAAGGACAGGACUACCAGAGGCCCACCCUGGACCUUUUAAAUUUGCACUGUAUUUUUCUGUAGCGUAACGUCUGUAUUGAGUUUCAUGUGAGUUUGGAAGCAACCCGUCCUGCUCUCUCUUGCUUCUACUGUACACUGAAACCUUUCUGCUGCAGAACGCUAGUCUGAAAGCCAAUGGCAUUUUCUGAAGCUUGUGAGUUCAUAAAUGGACUCAAGUAUCAAAACACUGGCCCCUACACAUACCGGACCCGAAGAAGUCAGUCACACCUUCAGAAGCUCUGCCUCAGUAUUGCCACUUUAGUUCAACCCAAAGGUGUUUGGUUGAGGUCAGCGCUUAACCCCAUGAACAUCAAACUAGCUGAAUCAUGCCUCAUUUGAAAGAUUUUGAUAAAAUGUAUUUCAUCUGAAAUUAGUGCAAUAAUUACAUGACAUCAGAGAUUCCUAUGAAUCAUAGUAGAUCUAAUUUAAAUUCAGUAUUUCUGUACUGACUUUCACGUAAGUUUGGAAAAAUCCCAUCCUGGUCCGCUUUGUCUCAUGCCAGAGUGAGAGAAUAGUUUUAUUCUUUAUUUGUUCAUAUUUUCAGUUUUUGACAUCUUCACAAAAAUGUACCGUGCCAUAUUAUUGCUCUCAAUACAUGAAACAAAACUGGAGAUAGAAAUGUAAAUACACUAAGCCAUAGUAACACUCACAUUGUACUUUUUCUGUAAUGUAUCAUUGUAAAUGUUCAUGUAUAUUAUACAAAGCCCAUGUAUUCAUUCAAAGUGCUGUAUUUCAUCUAAAAUUCAAGUUGACUACAUAAAAGUUAAGGAUAAUUGUAACGUACACUGUUGCUUUUUCACUACUUUUUCAGAUUUUUUUUCAGUUGUUUAGCUUAAAAUUG